AUGCCCGAAUAUACAUAUCUCUGUUGCCAGUGCACACACUGUGGCUUAUCGGGUGAGCUCAAGCGUCCGACGACGUGGAAGAAACAUUACAGAGAUGAUGUCAAGAGGAGCGAAAGAUAUCCCUCGGAUCCAAGAUACGUAGAAGCUUGCCACCGGAAUAAGCAUCCUGAGAGAUAUACGCCAGGCGUCAAAGUCACUCAGAAGGAGAAUAAACAACCACAUGGCGAUGUUGGUAAUGUAGGCCAUAUCAAUCCAUUAAUUCACCCACAACCCAAUACUCUUACUACAGCUCCUUCUUGCAAGAUAAGGAUCUCUCCGCGACGGCACUGGAAUGGUCAUAAGCAGAUUCCAGGACCCUCACAGCUCAACAAGAAUCAUUCGCGUGAGGAUAACCUUGAAGCCCCGUCGCUAUUCCCAAAUCCCGUAGACGCAAUACACAACCAACCAAACUCAUACGCAUAUCCGCCCAACGUCGCCAUUGCUCCACCGCCAUUCCACUGCGCCCCAAUACCUCCACUUCCACCACUAAUACACACCCGCUCAAGCACACCGCCCGAGGAGACUCCACGACGAGCGUCCCUAUCGCGCAUGUAUGAGGUGCUCGGACCACUGAAGAGAAACUCAGCACCAUUCCUACAAAGCGAGUCUGAAGACGCUCUCGACCCUCUCAAUCACGAGAAGGACAUAGCGAGGGAGGUGCUAAGGCGGCAUGGAUUAGAGGAUUACGAUAUCCAGCACGACUGGCCCCGUUGGAGCAUGCUUAAAUUGCAUAAGGCUCAUCUUACUACAGUCGUUCACUCCCUCUCUUCCCCAGAUACCUCGUCUCGGUUUGUACAGUUUGAGAAUCUCCGCGAGAACCGCUCUAUUGGGUAUGCGGAGGUAGUCUGGUUUUCGGAAUUCCGCUACGAUGAGGGUAACAACGCCUUCAGUAGCAGUCAAAGUCGCAUUCCAGAUAGCAGAGACUUGCUUAAUUGUUACUGCAGGGUUUAUAGCGCUAUAGAGCUCUUCAAAGCGUAUGUCAAAGUGUCUCGUACAGACGCUUUCGUAUCUUUCCCGGUUAAUUGGAUCAGGUGCCUCGUCGAUUUUCUACCUGUGCUAGAUCCUAGUGCCAACCCAGCGCUCAAUCAUUUCUGGGUGGAGCGGCACUAA